GUCCGGCAGUAUUCACACCCUCCCCCGGGGGUGUGUCUCUGCAUGACGCAUUUUCCACAUGUAAAAAAAAAAAAAAAAAAAAAAAAAAGGUUAGGUUAGGUUAGGUUAGGUUGGGGUGCUGGGUCGGAAAACCUCCAAGAGUGCCCUGGCUCAUUGUACGGUCACUUGUCCUGGUGCGGAUACGUCCGGCGGGAACGGUGGCUGACAAUGGCUGGGGCCUGGUGCAUCCUGGGCAACGGCGGUAAGUGACUUCUCGCUAUUUAGAGAUCUCACUUACCGACGGCUAAUAUUCCGACAGAGGUGGUGUGCGGCGAGCCCAAGUUGGGUUCGUUGUGUUUUCGUUGCGGGGGCGGGUUCUGUCCCGUGGCUCCUCGUAGUAGGAGUGGUCGGCGGGCCCGGCGGGUGCUUUGCUGCGCAGCCGGGCUGGCUUCUGUGCCACCGCUGAAAAACCGUAAUCCCUCACGAAGGCGUGGUCAUGUCUUACACCUGAGUGAGGGGACGGGGGCCUUGGCUUAACCGCCCGGGCCGCGAGGAGUAAACCUCUAUAAAAAUCCGUUUGUACCAAGUUCCGGUGCCCGGCGAGGGGCAGCUCAUUCUGCGGAUCGCGCCGUGGGGCGCAAAUUCCUGUGUUCGACGUCGUGCUUCGUGGAAUGGGUGGUCGGUAACGUCAUAUCGGCCGUUAGGGCACCAACCGCUGGGCACCUGCCGCACCCAGUGUGUAUUAGGCCGCACAUGGAAGCAGGGGGCGACCCCAUGUGUGACUUCAUCCCCCAUACUCGUGGGAAUCAAAUGGAAUCAUUGAAUAUAAAAAACUCUUUUGACGUUUUGGAGUCCGAGAAGGACGGCGUGAUGUUGGAGCCCGUGAAGGGCGGAGCGACGUUGGAGCCCGGGAAGGGCGGUGUGGUGACGGAGCCCGGGAAGGGCGGAGAGAAAGAGAUGGUGAGACUGAAGGAGUGCGCGGUGGUGUUGACUCGAAGCCCGAGUGUUGCACUCAACAGAACCGCAAGCGAGGAAAGGAUGGAUGUUAUGGAUUCAUCGGAUACGGGUAGCUUGAUGACUGUUGCGUCGCUACCCAUGGAGGGGACCAAGUCCACUGAGGGGGAGUUGAGCUCCAAAUUUUUCAGGGGCCGACUCCGGGCGGGGUCAAAAAGACGAUGUUUACGGACGAGCUCGGAUUCCGACUCUGGCUCGGAAAUAAUGCAGGGGUCAUCGCCUUCCUCCCAGGCGAAAGGAGCGCGCAGAGGACGUGGUCGGCCGCCAACAACCGGCCAAUAUGUCGGGCUCGCCAAAGCUCAGGAAUACCUGAACAAGGUCAAGAGGGAAGAGCUUGAGCUGCGGGCUAUGGAGGAAGUUUCGGACCUGGCACGCCGGGUUCUUCCGCGCAGAGGCGCGCAGGCAGCGUUGCCCGCUGCGGAAGAGGCGAAAACAACCCAUGAGCUGUCCAAAGUGAUUGAUGACGCCAUGGAAGUGGUCGCCCAAAUUGCUGCCAGGUCUAAAAACCUGAAGGGUGGCUAUGUUCGCGACCUAAAAAACGUGGUCGCAACAGUCAGGUCGGCGACAGUGAACAUAGCCAAUUGUACCUCUUCUGAGGACAACAUGAAGCUGAUCGAGGAGAAUGCGCGGCUGCGGGCGGAGCUGAAUGACGUCCGCAAGGAGCUCCAAGAAGUACGCGCCGAAGUGCGUUCUAUAAGUGAGAGGCCGGCUGCGCUGCCCGUCAACUCCCCUCAAUUACUGGGGAACCAGGACGUCCUAGACCAGCUGAUGCUGAUGAUUAGGAAUGCCAUCGAUGAAAAAAUUGAUGGCAUCAGAGACCGGCUGCUACCGGAAAAGAGGC